ACGCACAGACUAACCGAACUUGUCAUUCACAUUAUUUGUCUUUCCUGAACUUUAAAUUUUUCAGGCCCGGCGUCACCUGUGGAUUCCCUCCAGCAGCGAAAGAGAAAAAACACAAAAUGAGCUGCAAUGAAUGUUGCAGUAGUAAUGGGAUUUCAAACGGCGUUGGAUCUGGUAAGGGGUCUUCUGCUUUGAUAUUCAUUGGGACUGGAUGUUCUUCGGGAGUUCCCACCCCAAUGUGCCUCAUGCAGCCGUCAGAUCCUCCCUGCGAGGUCUGCCAUAAAGCCAUGUCGGCUCCUCCCGAAAUAAAUCCAAAUUACAGGUGCAAUCCUUCACUUUUGAUUGACUAUGAUGGAGAAAAUGGAGAUCACUGCUAUAUUUUGAUAGAUGUUGGAAAAAAUUUCAAGGAGCAAGUGUUGCGAUGGUUUCUUCACUACAAAAUCCCUCAAAUAGAUGCUAUCAUUUUGACACAUGAACAUGCAGAUGCAGUGUUGGGUUUAGAUGAGAUUAGGGGAGUACAACCAUAUAAUCGCUAUAAUGAUAUUGAACCAACGACCAUUUACCUCAAUCAAUUCACCAUGGACAGCGUUACAGUAAAAUUCCCAUAUUUGGUACAAAAGAAACUUAAGGAAGGACAAGAAAUACGUCGAGUUUCUCAACUUGAUUGGAAAAUAAUUGAAAAUAGUUGUGAGAGGCCGUUCAAUGUGGCUGGCCUCCAAUUCACUCCACUGCCGGUAAUGCAUGGGGAGGAUUAUGAAUCUCUUGGAUUUCUGUUUGGAAAAAAUAAUAAGGUGGCAUAUGUAUCUGAUGUUUCCCGAUUUCCAGAUGCCACUGAAUAUGUGUUAUCCAGCAGUGGAGGUGGGCAAUUAGAUUUGCUUAUUCUUGAUACACUAUACAAGAAAGGACAGCAUAAUACUCAUUUUUGUUUGCCUCAAAGCCUUGAAGCAGUGAAGAGACUUCAACCAAAACGUGCUCUGUUUGUGGGAAUGACUCAUGAGUUUGAACACUAUAGAGACAAUGAAGAGUUGGCAGAGUGGUCUAAGAGAGAAGGAAUUGAUGUUCAAUUGGCUUGUGAUGGACUGAGGAUCCCCAUUAAUCUCUAACAUGCAAUGUUUGAUACUGAAGCUUCAGUAUUCUUUUACUUUAUACAAUUGUAUAAAUAAAUUACCAUUCAUCUACUCUGAAGUUGAUGAUUCAAGCUGUUCCCACAUGGGAUUCAGUAAUUAAAAUGCUAUCUAGAUAGUCAUGAAGCUAAAUAAUCAGAAUGUGCAUACAGAUGCUGCACAUAUGAAUGUUUAAAAAUCACUGAAACACAUCAAAUAUUUUAUCAGAAGCAGUCCCAUUUGAUAACGUUAUAUAUUUUUCAUUUUACAUACA